AUGAAUUUGCGGGAUACCACAACCUGGCAUAGGACAGGAGUUUGUCAUGGCCAUAGAUGGAAGGGCAAUAACCAUAAAGUACAUCUUUAUAUACAGCACGUAUGCCCUGGUGUGGCCCAGCCCGGCCCAGCACAGGCCCACUGGAACUGCCGCGGCCUGGGAGAGGCAACGUGUACUACAGAGAUGUCAUUACUGAUGGCUUGCUGGAAGCAGAAUGAGUUCAACGAUGCAGCUUGUGCCAAGGAAAUCCAGACAUUCUAUGACUGUGUGGCAAAGGCAGAUGUGGAGCGCAAGGAAAGACUUAAACAGGAGUCCCUGGGCCAGAUGGGAACCUUAUCUCCAAAGACAGUGAACAAACUGCUGAGAAGGUUCCCUAAUAUCACAGAUAAUUUUUAAAGGAAGACUUGCUUUCCCAAGUAACUGGAGACCAGUAGCUAAAGCUGGUAUCAUCCUUGCAGAAGGAGUUAAAAGUAGUGAUCAGCGAGCAUUUGGGGCUUAUAGUGGCUGUUGGCAUUCCUCAGGGGUUCUUGACUUGAACAUUUCUUUGGGGUGGGGUCACUUUCUCCAUUAGUUGAGAUUGUUCUAUGGGGUCACAGGGUCUUGUGAUGACAGGAUGGAUGUUUGCUAAGGGUUACUCAGCCAUAAUACGGUCUCGAAUCUUGCUUCAUUGUGAAAUAAAGCCUUCUAAGGAAUGAAAUUAAUGAAUUGUUUUCACAACUA